GGGAACUUUCCUUUGAGUAUAGUGUAACCGAUAAAGAUGGAUCUCCUUCAUAGUAAUGGUGUGCUUAUAAUUCAGCAUUUACAGAAGGAUUACAGGUCUUACCAUGACUUUCUAAAUUUGAUGUCACAAGUAGGAGAUCCCCGGAAUAUAUUUUUAAUUUAUUUUCCUCUUUGGUUCCAACUUAACCAAGUGGUUGGUACUAAAAUGAUAUGGGUGGCAGUCAUUGGAGAUUGGUUCAACCUCAUAUUUAAAUGGAUUUUAUUUGGCCAUCGUCCAUAUUGGUGGGUCCAAGAAACAAUGAUCUAUCCCAAUCAAUCGAGCCCAUGUCUUGAACAAUUUCCUAUAACAUGUGAAACUGGGCCAGGAAGCCCAUCUGGCCACGCCAUGGGAUCUUCUUGUGUCUGGUAUGUAAUGGUAACAGCAGCACUUAGCUACACAGUGAGGUGGAAAGAUGAAUCCGCAAUUACACUGCACAGACUUACCUGGUCAUUCCUCUGGAGUGUGUUUUGGAUUAUUCAGAUCAGUGUGUGUGUCUCUAGAGUAUUCAUAGCAACACAUUUCCCACAUCAAGUUAUUCUUGGAGUAAUUGGUGGAAUGCUUGUUGCUGAAGCAUUUGAACAUACCCCUGCUAUCCAGACAGCGAGUUUGAGAACGUACAUCAAGACAAAUUUGUUUCUCUUCAUCUUUGCUCUUGGCUUUUACCUGCUUCUCAAACUUAUUGAUGUUGAUCUUCUAUGGUCCGUUCCAAAGGCAAAGAAAUGGUGUGCCAAUCCAGACUGGAUAAACAUUGACACAACUCCAUUUGCUGGACUGGUGAGAAAUUUAGGUGCACUCUUUGGGUUAGGUCUUGGUAUUAAUUCCGAAAUGUUCAUCAUGAGCUGUAAAGGUACAAAUGGAUAUAAGACGAGUUUCAGACUACUGUGCAUAGCUGCUUCUUUAGUUACCUUGCAGCUGUUUGAUUUUAUCAAGUUACCCACACAUACCGAGUAUUUGUUUUAUGUUCUUUCUUUUUGUAAAAGUGCAGCCAUACCUCUUACUGUAGUUGCCUUGAUUCCAUACUGCAUACACUUGUUAAUGAGGCCAACUGAAAAGAAGUUAAAUUAGAUGAACUUUCAAAAUAGUCUGAAAAAAUGUGGACGCAUUUAGAUACAAGUGGUGUGCUGUGACUCCAUUCUGAACAGUGGUGUGUGUCACUGUGUGUUUGAUGUGCUCCCGGUAAGUCCCAUGCCCAAAGGCAGUACAUCCAGGAAUGACACUGUCAUGUCACAACCACUGAUUGGCUUGCAUUUUGACUUCAUUCCCAGAAGUGCUGCAAGGAUUGACAAUGCAGCAUGGCUGCCUAACACCACUGCGGUAUGCACAUGUUUUGAUGCGUGUUGGGAUUAGCCACAGCUUGUAGAUUUUCUAGUUCUUGUACACUUUCAAUUGGAUGGUGCUUCAUCUCCCAUAUCAUCAUUCCACUUUCCAUUUUAUAUAUAUAAAUGCUGCAUGUUAAUCUGCUGGAAAAUUAGGAGUGAUAAAAUCACACUCACUCAACUACAUGAAUACAGCCAUGUAGUGUGGUGAAGUUCUGCAUAGUUUGCCAAACUUUAGAUUUAACUUAGUGUUUUCUGAGUGAAGCAUCUUCUGACUGAGUCAGGAAAGAAGAAGAAAAUAUUUUUAAAAAGAUUAGUCUGAAAUAAUGUAAUUUCAGUCCACUUGAUUCUAUUUCUAGGGCUAUUGACAGAGCAGAUAACUUUGUAUUGAUACGUUGCUUUUUGUAUUUUUCUUUCAAAAAUAGCUAAAUGCAAAAUCUUGAAAUGAAAAGGCAAUAAAUUCUAUUUACUAAAACUACUA